AUGUCGUUUGCAUACCCCCUCGGAGGUGUGAAACAUCUCAUCGAACAGGUUUGCUUGUUUGAAGGUUGCAGGACGGUAUGGGGUCGUCCUAGGCUUCCCCAUUUUCAAGAAGGGUCCCGUCCACCCGACCAGCUCGUCCAAAGCUCUGAGGGGUUGCAACCAGAUGAGGCUACCGGGUUGCAGACGGUCCGGAAGGAGGGCAGCUGCGCGCGCUCCCGGGAGCCCAGGUCAGAGCUGUCGCGCCCGCCGUCGCAGCCCGCCGCGCAGGAGCGGGAUGCCGAGCCGCGGUCGGCCCAUGGGGAGCUGCAGUACCUGGGCCAGGUCGAGCACAUCCUGCGCUGCGGCGCGCGGAAGGAGGACCGCACGGGCACCGGCACCCUGUCCGUGUUCGGCAUGCAGGCGCGCUACAGCCUGCGAGAUGAAUUUCCUCUGCUGACAACCAAACGUGUAUUCUGGAAGGGAGUUUUGGAGGAGCUGCUUUGGUUUAUCAAGGGAUCCACAAACGCCAAGGAACUAUCUUCUAAGGGAGUGAAAAUCUGGGAUGCCAAUGGAUCUCGAGACUUUUUGGACAGCCAGGGAUUCUCCACCAGAGAAGAAGGCGACUUGGGUCCUGUUUAUGGCUUCCAGUGGAGACAUUUUGGGGCAGAAUACAAAAAUAUGGAUUCAGAUUAUUCUGGGCAAGGAGUAGACCAACUGCAAAAAGUGAUUGACACCAUCAAAGCCAAUCCUAACGACAGAAGACUCAUCAUGUGUGCUUGGAAUCCAAAAGAUCUCCCUCUGAUGGCGCUGCCUCCAUGCCAUGCGCUCUGCCAGUUCUACGUGGUGGAUGGUGAGCUGUCCUGCCAGCUCUACCAGAGGUCAGGAGACAUGGGCCUGGGCGUGCCCUUCAACAUUGCCAGCUAUGCCCUGCUCACGUAUAUGAUUGCACACAUCACAGGCCUUAAGCCAGGUGACUUUGUACACACUUUGGGAGAUGCACAUAUUUACCUGAAUCAUGUUGAGCCGCUGAAAAUUCAGCUUCAGAGAGAACCAAGACCUUUUCCGAAGCUCAAAAUUCUUCGAAAAGUUGAGAAAAUUGAUGAUUUCAAAGCUGAAGACUUUCAGAUCGAAGGAUACAAUCCACAUCCGACUAUUAAAAUGGAAAUGGCUCUUUAGAGUACUUUCAGAGGAGUUGUGUGAAGGAUACUGUCAGUCUGUAGGGACUGGGCUGGAUGCCCAGGUGAAAGGUCUUUUUGCUCUGAAGAAAAGAACUAGGUCAAAAAUCUUCAGUGACCUGUUAGUUAUUAGCCAUUAACGUUUUUUCCUUUUUAAAUUCACUAACUUUUAAGAAUGUCUCCACUGGCAAAUAUAUCAGUGCCAGUUCUAGUAAUAAAAAGCUUUGAGUUUGGUUAACUUUCUGAGGGUGUAUGAAAAUGCUGAGAUUAUCAAUAAAGUGAGGAGAGAGAUUUUAUAUACUUUUAAGAAAAACACGUACACACAUUUCAAUCUUACAUCUUUAUGAAGGUAUAUACAUUCCAAGAAUUACAUAAGCUAUUCUCACAAUUUGAGCAGGCUGAAGAACAUCAGUCAUAAUGUUUAUAUAGUGUGGUUAUGCACAAUUAAAGUUAUAUUUGUUUUAUAUAUUGCUAUAAUAUUUUGUGUUUGCUCUUUUUUUUUUUUUUUCAUUUCAUGUUGCCAUUUAUCUGCUCAGUUCCUGCCUGAAAUAGAUUUAAAUGAACCUUCCACCUUCCUAAGUAAACAUAUGUUAUAUUCUUGUUAGGAUGCUACUGAGAGGGUUAGAGGUAUUUUUAAAUGUUGACUAUAUUUUACCCUGAUUGAUCUCAUUCUAGCUGCAUUUUAUCAUUAAAGUAUAUAUAAUGACUGACCCAGCCUGGUGGCUUACUUCAUAGCAAACUGAACUGCAGUGCUGAAAAUGACACGGCCAGCUAUGGGUUCAUAUCCCUAAAUCAGCUUGAAAACAUGCUAGGCACUUGCACUCACGCCCAAGAUCCUGAUGAGCUGCAGCAUGACAAGACCCAGUUAAGGGUCCUUUUUCCCUUCUAUCAUUGGGGGGGGGUUGGAGGGG